AUGUCGAAAGGAACGUCCUGCAAAGACGCCCUGAAGAAAUGGUCCGAAAAGAAUGGAACUCCAUCCGCUGAAGCUGAAGAAAUAAAACUUAUUUGCGAAUUACCACCUAUCGACAAAAUGGAUACCAGUCUCCUGACAUUGGCAAACUGCACGCAACUGUCGCUGUGUACAAAUGCUAUCGACAAGAUCGCGAAUCUGAACGGGCUCAAAAAACUGAAAAUACUUUCGCUCUCGCGCAACAACAUAAAGAACUUGAAUGGACUCGAUGCCGUCGGCGACACACUCGAGCAGCUCUGGAUCUCCAACAACAAUAUUGAAAAGCUCAAGGGCGUCCACGUACUCAAAAAACUCAAAGUUCUUUAUAUUUCCAAUAAUGGUGUCAAGGUAAGAAAUCAUCUUCUCAGCUAG